AAUUUUCUGGGAAAUUCGUGUCGCGCUGCGAUGAUGUCAGAACCGGAAGUGAGUGCUGAACACGCGUGUUCGCCGCAGCUGGGAUGUAAACCGAAGUGCUGUUUGAUGCUCAGCUGCUGGCCUGCUGUGCUCCGCCGAGGUGGGCUGAGGAUGAUGAUGAUGAACGGAGAGGAGGGCUUGAGUUUCUCUCAGAAGACGAUUCUGGCUCCUAUGGUGCGGGUGGGCACUCUGCCCAUGAGACUGCUGGCGCUGGACUACGGAGCAGACAUCGUGUACUGUGAGGAGCUGAUUGACAUCAAAAUGGCCCAGUGUGAGAGAGUGGAGAACGAUGUUUUGGGGACGGUUGAUUUCGUUGCUCCAGAUGAGCGUGUGAUGUUUCGCACCUGCAGUAAAGAGAAGAGCCGCGUGGUCUUUCAGAUGGGAACGGCUGAUCCGGAGAGAGCGCUGGUCGUGGCUAAGCUUGUAGAAAACGAUGUGGCAGCUGUUGAUGUGAAUAUGGGCUGUCCCAAAGAAUACUCUACCAAGGGAGGAAUGGGUUCAGCUCUUCUCUCUGACCCUGACAAAAUUGAAGCUAUCCUACGCACUCUCGUGAAUGGGAUUUCAAAACCUGUCACAUGUAAAAUCAGAAUCCUUCCUACACUUGAGGACACGGUGAGUUUAGUGAAGAGAAUUGAAAACACAGGAGUGGCAGCAAUAGCGGUGCACGGCAGGAUGAGAGAAGAGAGGCCGCGGCAUCCGGUCCACUGUGAUUAUAUCCAGGCUGUGGCUGAGAGUGUGUCCAUACCCGUCAUCGCCAACGGAGGCUCUUCAGACAUCGUGAAGACAUUCGAGGACAUGGAGAAGUUUCGCGAGGCGACAGGAGCGUCGUCUGUGAUGCUGGCUCGGGCCGCCAUGUGGAACCCCUCCAUCUUCCGGCAGCAGGGGGCGCUGUCUGUGGAGGAGGUGAUGGAGGACUACAUCAGAUAUGCUGUUCGUUAUGACAAUAACCCUUUCAACACCAAAUACUGCUUAUGCCAGAUGCUCAGAGACCGAGUCGAGUCUCCUUUUGGAAAACGGCUGCAUGCAGCUCAGACCAACGAAGAAAUAUGUGAGGUGUUUGGAAUGACUGACUUCUACAACAAGACCAAAGCUGAGCUGGAGGCCAGACGAGCUGCUCUUCAGACCAGCUGCGAUCCGUCAGACCAACCCAAACUGGAGGAUGAUGUCAUCACGAUGCCUGUCCGCUUCGAAAGGCGAGAUUACCCUCCUCAGAUCUCCCCAAAGAUGUUCCUGCUGGAGUGGAGCCGCAAGGAAAAGCUUGAUCAACCUGUGUACGAGACGGAACAGCGAACUCAAGAUCGAGCUUUUCAGUCUACAGUUAUCAUUGACAAUAAAAAGUACCGCUCAUCCCUGUGGGAGAAAUCAAAGAAGUUUGCAGAGCAGGCCGCGGCUGUGGUGUGUUUACGCACGCUCGGGCUUCCAGAGGGGCGGAUCGGAGAGGAGCACAGUGGACUGGUAAAUAAACGCAAGAGGGACGGCAAAAAAUACACCGCGCUAGAAGACAGUGAGUCAGCAGCACGAAAGAGACACAUGAGUGAAGUCCCACAGGAAGAGGAAGAGGAAGAGGAAAUGAUCUGCAGGACGAAAGUUGUGAAUGGUGUCUGUGGUCAGACCACACGUUAACACUGGCCAAAAACACACUGUCAGCUCGCUGUAACAGACUCUUCAUUCCUUUCAUUACAGUGUAAAGUGCAGUCUUAUAUGACAAAUAACUGCACUUUGUAGUUGCCUUUUUGUUAAAUCCAGUGUUCCUUUAUCAGGUGCCAUCUGUCUUAUUGCUCACUAGUAGUGGUUUGUUACUUGCUUUAUGCAACUUUUAUUUUUUUGCAUGGAGGAAUAAUGAGAUUUUUUAAUUUUGAAUCCACUUUUAAAAUAAUUUUGACACAUUUCCAUGCUUCAGCAGAACGAUACAUUGUUUAUUCAAUAUAUAUUGUUAUUAUAUAUAUUAUAUAUGCAUUGUAUAUCCAAAUACUUACAGUACAAGGAAGUACCAGAGGUGCCAUAACAUGUCAUAGAACUUUAUUUAAAGUAUUUCUUUUUGUUUCCAGCAUUAUUGCGAAAUAAACCAGUUUAACUAAG